AUGCUUGAAAUCCAAGGUUACCUAGUAUUAUUCCUUCUAUGGUUCAUUUCAACUAUUUUCAUUCGAUCACUCUUCAAAAAAUCUGAGAGUUAUAAACUACCACCUGGCCCUCCAAUUUCUUUUCCAAUUCUAGGGCAUGCACCAUAUCUUAGAUCACUCCUUCAUCAAGCACUUUACAAACUCUCAACACGUUAUGGACCUUUAAUGCACAUCAUGCUUGGUUCACAACAUGUCAUAGUAGCAUCCUCAGCUGAAAGUGCUAAGCAAAUUCUAAAAACUUGCGAAGAGUCGUUUUGCAAUCGACCUAUUAUGAUUGCGAGCGAGAGUUUAACCUAUGGUGCUGCUGAUUAUUUUUUCAUACCUUAUGGAAAUUAUUGGAGGUUUCUCAAGAAGCUUUGCAUGACUGAGCUACUUAGUGGAAAAACUCUUGAACACUUUGUGAGUAUUCGCGAAGAUGAAGUUAAGUGUUUUCUGAGGAACCUUUUGGAGAUAUCGAAAAAUGGUAAACCUAUUGAAAUGCGACAUGAACUUAUUAGACAUACUAAUAAUAUCAUUUCUAGAAUGACAAUGGGGAAGAAGAGUAGUGGUGUCAAUGAUGAGGUUGGUGAGUUGAGGAAAGUGAUUAGGGAAAUUGGUGAGCUUCUUGGUGCGUUUAAUUUGGGUGAUAUUGUUGGGUUUAUGAGGCCUUUUGAUCUUCAAGGGUUUGGGAAGAAGAAUAAAGAUACACAUCAUAAGAUGGAUGCAAUGAUGGAGAAAGUGUUGAAGGAACAUGAAGAGGUUAGGGCUAAAGAAGGUGAAGGGAGUGAUAGGAAGAAGGAUUUGUUUGAUAUUUUGUUGAACUUGAUUGAAGCUGACGGGGCUGAUAGUAAACUCACUAGACAAAGUGCUAAAGCUUUUGCUCUGGACAUGUUUAUCGCAGGAACAAACGGACCAGCAAGUGUGUUAGAAUGGGCACUAGCAGAACUGAUAAGAAAUCCACAAGUUUUCAAGAAAGCAAGAAACGAAAUAGACUCCAUUGUUGGCAAAGAGAGACUUGUUAAAGAAUCAGACAUACCAAAUCUCCCUUAUCUUCAAGCAGUAGUUAAAGAAACCCUAAGACUCCACCCACCAACUCCAAUAUUCGCAAGAGAAGCCAUAAGAAGUUGCCAAGUUGAUGGCUAUGAUGUUCCGGCAUACUCUAAGAUUUUCAUCAAUGCAUGGGCUAUAGGUAGAGAUCCAAACUAUUGGGACAAUCCAUCGGUCUACGACCCGGAAAGAUUCUUACAAAACGACGAUCCUAGCAAGAGUAAAAUCGAUGUACGGGGACAAUAUUAUCAACUUCUGCCGUUUGGUAGUGGUAGAAGGAGUUGUCCUGGUGCUUCACUUGCUUUGAUUGUUAUCCAAGCAACACUUGCAAGUUUGGUGCAAUGUUAUGAUUGGGAUGUGAAUGAUGGAAAGAGUAAUGAGAUUGAUAUGAAAGAGGUUGGAAGGGUUACUGUGUUUUUGGCUAAACCACUCAAGUGCAAACCUCUUUCUCAUUUUGUUCCGUUUUCUGCAUGA